UGUGCAUAUUUCAACGUUACGGGUGGUAAAUCAGAUCACAUGCUUGUAAAUAUUGGAGAAAAACGGCUCGCUGUGAAGAUUCGAUGCAGUAACAACGCGCUUUUCCGAGUCUCACCAAGUGCGAUGUUUAUAGAGCCAGGACAAUGUCAGAAUCUCGUCGUCAUCAGAAAUGCAGGACCAGCUCGAUCCGACAAAUUAAUCCUGCAAUUUCUCCCAUGUGAAAAAGACACAGAAGACUGCAAAGAAUUUUUCAAACAAGCCGAAAAAAAUGGCUUAAAACCAGAUACUUUGCGUAUCUCGUUGAAGAUGGUUGGUGAUGCUGGUUAUCGUGUAAUUCCAUCAAGAGAAAUAACAGAAGAUGCGAUUUCAUAA